UGGCUCAAGAUAGAGAAGGUAGUUUGCUUGAGGCUAUCUCCUUGUGUCUAGUGCUGCGACAGUAGAGCUGUUGCAAUCACCCACUUGUGCUCCUGAUGGAACCUGAACAUGAGUCUACCAUUCCAGUGGAAGGAACAUCUGCUUUGCCUGACACACAGGUAGUCGUUGACCAUUCCGGUAUCGCAGCGACUAUGGAGAAGCAGGGUUGGAGCCGGCAGUUUAGCUUGGAGUCAGGUAUUCAGGAAUCAGCCUUCGUCGAAAGGAUUGACUCUGGGGAGUUGGCUCGGCAAGCAAAAGAGCUCACGCAGAAUGCCAAGAAAAAGGUGGUUGCAAAUCCAACGAGUGAUGAUGAGACUCCAAAGAGCAAACGCAGCCUUUUGGUUGAAAGUGUCCUGGGAGGUCAAGCGAAAAAAGAAAACCACAAGUCGCAUAAGAAGGGGGCUUUUGCAGGUGUCUUCGUGCCAACAUGUGAAAACAUGUGGGGUGUGCUGAUCUUUCUGCGUUUUUACUUCGUGGUUGGUCAGGCCGGCAUUAUGCAUGCCUUGCUUUGUGUCCUCAUCUCCUUCACGGCAGCUUUUUGCACGACAUCUUCAAUGUCUGCAAUUGUCUCAUCCGGAGGCCUUGUCAGCAAAGGAGGGCCGUACUACAUGAUUUCCCGCGCCUUGGGUCCAUCAGUUGGAGCAUCGGUCGGCAUCAUGUACUGGUUGGCGAUCACUUUGCUGGCAGUUCUGGAAACUCUUGGCGCUGUGGAAGCACUACUGAUGGCAGCUCCAUCGUUGAACUUUCCAGGUUGCAAGCAGGCCUUUGGAUCUGGCUUCAUGAUCAUGCUGGUUCUGUCGGUAUGGGGAGGCACCUCCUUCGUCACCAGACUUGGCAUUGGCUUCGUGCUGAUUGUUUUCUAUACCAUGGCAUCUUACUAUGCUGGUAUUGCCACAGCUCCACUCACUGAGGCAGCGAUGGCAAAUCCAUGGGUGACAGGUAUCAGUUGGGAGACUUUCAAGAAGAAUUGGGGUCCCCACUACGAUGAACACACCAACUUCGGAGUGGUUCUGAGCGUUUUCUUCCCAUGCUUUACCGGUAUCCUCAGCGGUGCAAAUCGAGCAGACAUCCUCAAAGAUCCCCCACGAAACAUCAAGGAUGGUACAUUUGGAGCAAUCAUCUUCAGUUUUUUCAUGUACUCGUCCUUCUUUCUCCUCUGGGGCUGUGUUGCAGACUACCGCUACCUGCAGGGCAAGGAAUAUCAUGCUGAUGGAGAUGAUCAUCACCGUCGACUUGCUGGUGGUGCGGGUGAGCACUUGGUGGAGGAGAUUGUCUGGAAUCCAUUUCCAAACUCUGCCCACAUUGGCAUCAUCAUCUCUUCUCUGAGCCAGGCUCUGCAGUGCCUCAUUGUGGCACCUCGGUUACUUCAAAACAUUGCACGCGACAAAAUCCUCACUGUGUUCGAUCGAAUCGCACCAUUGUCCAAGCAUGGAGAACCAGUGAGAGCCCUUGCUUGUACCUAUGUAUUUGGGGCCGCGCUUGUACUCAUAGGUGAGGUCAAUGCUGUUGCGCCCCUCUUAACGAUGUGCUUCUUGGUGGCCUAUACCUUUAUGAACUUCUCCUGCUUUGUUUUGACCUAUGUGAGAUCACCUGGAUUUCGACCAGCAGGCAUGUCUCGAAGGCGCUGGAGAUUCUGGUACAUGUGCACUGGUCUUCUGGGAUCGUGUGUUUGCUUGUCCAUCAUGAUCAUCGUGAGCCAACUUUGGGCCAUAGUUGUGCUUCUGAGCAGCUUCAGUUUGUACCUGUACAUCAAUUGGAGAUUGGAGCAAGCUGAGUGGGGCAGUGCUUUGGAUGGCAUUCGCUAUCAGUUGGCUUUGAACUCCCUGAUCCAACUUGAAGAGAGUGGGCAUCAUGCAGUAAACUGGCGUCCACAAGUCCUCGUGUUGUACAGGAUCCAUCUCUCGGAGGAGUUGAAAGGAAUCAAGCACCGUGACAUUUUACGCUUCUACUCCUACCUCCGAAAAGGCAAUGGUUUCGCAGUAGUUGCUUGCGUCCUGGAGUCUGACAGCAGGGAUGAACAUGCAAUGCACAAAGCCAGUAUUGAGAAGGACGUCAUCAAGAGCAUUAUGAAAGAGGAAAACAUCCGUGGCUUUGCAGAAUGUGUGGUAGCGCCCAGUUGGUCUGAGGGAGUGAACUACAUCAUUCAGUUGAGUGGCAUCGGAGGUUUGGCGCCCAACACGAUCUUGGUGAAUUGGCCAGCCAAGUGGAAGACCCACAGCAAAAAGGCAACGGAGUUUUUGAAUGUGGUGACAACUGCCCUUGCUUCGGAGAAGUCUUUCUUGGCAGUGAAAGGGCUUCAGGAUAUGCCGAUUGACAAAGUGGUUGGGACAAUAGAUGUAUGGUGGAUGAUUCAUGAUGGAGGUUUUAUGAUCCUCCUGUCUUGGUUGCUAGUGCAGCACCGGAUGUGGAGGAAUUGCCAAAUUCGAAUCUUCACAAUCACAGAAGGAGUGUCAGAGGAACGUGCCAAGAAUGCCGCAAAGUUGCUAGCAGAAACACUUCGGAAUCGACGUUUGUUUGAUGUCGAUGUGGAGGUGGUGAUUGUGGAUGAUGAAAUGAUACAGCCCUACACCUACGACUGGUCCCUGCGAUUGGACCAGCGACACAAAUUCGUCCAGCAGCUGCAUGGUGCCCAGGCUGUGAAUGCUGACGCGAUUCCGCUUGAGAUCGACGACCUCUUCAAGAUGGAGGAAGAGAAAGCGUCCAAUGGCUCCACAUCUCCGCGUGAUUGGACUGGCAAAGCGGUGGUGUCAGCAAAGGAAGGAGCUGCUGGACAAGUUGCCGUUUGCGAUUUGAGGAAGGGUUCAGAUGACCUGGCAGAUCAUGUCAGUGGUUUGAGGAAGGCGUCAGAUGACCUGACAGAUCACAUCACUGGCCAAAAGAUGGAGGCCACCAAGACGUUGAAGGAUUGCAAGGAACGGCCGGCCCUGGCAUCACAGAGCGAGUGGGAGAGGGUUGCAUCAUUUGCAAAGCUCAACGAAAUGAUUUUACUACGCUCCAAGAGAUCUCAACUCGUUGUCAUGAACAUGCCGGACAUUUGGGGCACAGAGGAGAGUGAGGUCAAGCACUUCAUGACCUACUGCGAUACAAUGACUCACGGUCUGGACAGAGUGCUCUUUGUGCACUCAUCCGGGCAUGAGGUAUUUGAGAUUGGCUGAGAGCUGUCCAAGACCGCUCACUAAAAUACCGGAGUUGAACAUUCACUGGGGGCUCUUCGUUAGCUGUCCUUCAAAUAGAAGGUUUCGAAGUUCCAAUGCUAUUUGAUCGCAUUCCCAUUCUCUUUAUAAUCUCUACUGUCUCAUUGACUGUCUUGAAAAAGGGGACCUUGCGCAGAAGUGCGCUAGAGUCCACAAUUGCACGGACAAAGGGGACGAAGCUCU